GAGUGGGGAAGGAGGCUCCCACUCCGGAGAAAGGCGCGCGUGGGGAGAGUGGCUCCAUCUCGAUCCGAGCCAAGGCGCCGGGCGGAGCUGCUUUGCCUUGCCUGCCUCCUCCCUCUUCCUCUUCCCCAUUCUCUUUUUUUCUUUCCUUCCCUCCCUCUUUCUUUGCCCCUUCCCUUCUUUCCCCUCCGCCGCCCCUCAUUGUCUCCCUCUUGCCCAAUUCUCCAGGAGCAGCAGCAGCAGCAACUCCUGCUCACGAUGGGCGAAGGGAGGAAGAGCAGCAGCUUUCGGGACUGAAGGGAAAGGGGUCUUCUUUGGGCGCUCCAUUUGUGGCGUCUGCUGCGUCUGCUUCUGCUUCGUCCCCAGUGUUGGGGCCCCCCAUGUGCGACCUCCUGGACCCUCCGCCGCCCGCCGAGAAGAAGCUCAGCAGGAUGAAAAAGUUGCGGCGAACUUUGUCGGAGAGUUUCGGCCGCCUGGCCUUGAAGAAAGACGAUAGUGGCUUUGACGAGAUAUGUGUCACAAAGAUGUCUACACGGAACUGCCAAGGAAUGGAUUCUGUGAUCAAGCCCUUGGACACAAUUCCAGAAGACAAAAAAGUCAGAGUUCAGAGGACACAAAGCACUUUUGAUCCAUUUGAGAAGCCAAAUAAUCAAGUGAAGAGGGUACAUUCAGAGAACAAUGCCUGCAUUAACUUCAAGGCUUCAUCUACUGGGAAAGAAUCUCCUAAAAUCAGACGACAUUCCAGUCCUAGCUCUCCAACUAGUCCCAAAUUUGGAAAAGCAGACUCAUAUGAAAAACUGGAAAAACUAGGGGAAGGUUCAUAUGCCACAGUAUAUAAAGGCAAAAGCAAAGUAAAUGGAAAGCUGGUGGCAUUAAAGGUGAUAAGACUUCAAGAAGAAGAAGGCACCCCAUUUACUGCCAUCAGAGAAGCUUCUCUCUUGAAAGGUCUAAAACAUGCUAACAUUGUGCUGCUUCAUGAUAUCAUUCACACAAAAGAGACAUUGACACUGGUAUUUGAGUUUGUGCACACCGAUUUAUGUCAGUAUAUGGACAAAUAUCCUGGAGGACUUCAUCCAGACAAUGUGAAGUUAUUUUUAUUUCAAUUGCUGCGAGGACUUUCGUACAUCCACCAGCGUUUCAUUUUGCACAGGGACCUGAAACCACAAAACCUUCUGAUCAGUGACACUGGGGAGUUGAAGCUGGCAGAUUUUGGACUUGCAAGAGCCAAAUCUGUUCCCAGUCAUACGUAUUCUAAUGAAGUGGUUACCUUGUGGUACAGACCUCCAGAUGUCCUUUUAGGCUCAACAGAGUAUUCCACCUGCCUUGAUAUGUGGGGAGUUGGUUGUAUCUUUGUGGAAAUGAUUCAAGGUGUUGCUGCUUUUCCAGGAAUGAAAGACAUUCAAGAUCAACUUGAAAGAAUAUUUUUGGUGCUUGGUACCCCAAAUGAGGAGUCAUGGCCAGGAGUUCAUUCUCUGCCGCAUUUCAAGCCAGAUCGCUUUACACAGUACAGUGCAAAAAACCUUAGGCAAGCCUGGAACAAGCUAAGCUAUGUGAACCAUGCAGAGGACCUGGCCUCCAAAUUACUCCAGUGUUUCCCAAAGAACAGAUUGUCAGCACAGGCAGCUCUGAGCCAUGAGUAUUUCAGUGAUUUGCCCCCACGGCUAUGGGAGCUAACUGACAUGUCUUCUAUUUUUUCUGUCCCGAAUGUAAGAUUACAAGCAGAGGCUGGAGAAAGCUUGAAAGUGUUUGGAAAAAACAAUAUUUAUGGCAAGGGUUUAUCAAACAUUAAGCACUGAAGAAUUUUGGUUUCUCAUACACAAUUCAGAAAUCAAGAUCACCAGGCUAGAGGAGAGAAACAUGAUCUAAUGAGAGAGCCAACACUAAGAAGACCAUGGCUGUUUCCUUUCUCAGUGGUGGAUUUCAGUCCCAAGAAAAAUGAUGCUGGCAAAAUCUUGUUCCCUUUCCCCUCUUUGUUUAUUUGAUACUUUGCACGCAUUUUGAUACUUUGUGAGUUUGGAGACCUCUGUGAAAAUUGGGCUUUUUGCUUACUGAUGUGGCAUGUUCUUACUUUCAGCCUUUUGUGUUCAUUUUGUUUAGUUUUCCCACUACAGCACAACUCCCUUGUGAAGAUUUUUAUGCUUAGUUUUUACCAGCAAUGUCUUAAGUCCAUUAAGACAACAUGUUUGGUGUUCAUACGUUCUCAGUAAUGUUUGUAGAUCAAAGCCAGGCAUGGCAUAAAACAGUAUUGUGUGUUCAUUGAGAGGUUCCACACAUUUCUCAGUUUGUCAGAAGUACUGUAUAUUUUGAGUUAGAGUGAAGCUGGCAAUUUGGUUGUGAUACAGCUAGCAUCUUGCAAGAAACAAUGCCCAUUUAUAAUUUUUAGGAUAUAUCCGGUUCCAUGGCAAUAAGUGCAACUUGGUUAGAAAAUCUCAAUUUGGAUACUCUGCCAAUGUUGUAUGAUUUGGCAGAUUUCAAAACAAAUAUCUUGUGAUGAAAUAUAUAUAGCACUUCAAAUAUUCUAGAAUCUUUUUAGAAAAAGAGGGUUGGGUUUUUUGUGCUGUUUUGUGAUUCCAUUUCUACUUUUUCCUGUAGUUUAGUUCAACAGCUUUCUUCUAAGAAGGAAAAUAGAGAUCAUGAAGGAGAAAUGAGUUUACAUUAGGAAAAGCACUAUGGUGUAGAAACUUUAGUUGCUGAAUGAGCCAUUUUGAGAGAGAGAGAGAGAGAGAGAGAGAGAACUAGUUUUGAAUAGCCAUCCAAAUAUUUGCUCUUCCAAACCAAAGCAUUUUUCCAGUUAUUUUUCUAGCAUGUUCAGAUAUGAUUGGAAAAUGUGCCAUUGCAUCUUCACACGGGCCUUUCCUUAAGAACUGUUGACAUUUUUCAAGAUUUUUCAAGCAACUGUGAAUGAAAAAGAAAUAUCUAUCCUUAUCGGAAGGGGGGAAAUUAUGGAAAUCUUAAGGGCUGUGGCUGCAUUUACUUGUCACAUACCAUCCUUAACAUGUUCAAUAACACUUUAAUUUGAGGAGAUGAGAAAUGGAGCAAAUCUAAAUAAAUAAGGAAAACAA